AUGAUAUUCUAGGUUGCACUACUUAUUUUCAUACUCUAUAUUCUCUAUGAUAGAGUUUUCCUUAUGUAUUACAACUAUUGGUAUUUCAAAAAGCAAGGAUUUUAGCCUACAGGAUUUCCUUUUCCAUUUAUUGGAGACUUGUUGAAAUUUCUCAAGGUGUUAAAACAUAAAGAUGAGUAUUGGGAUGACCCUUAAUUCGAAUAUUUUCAAGAUGUAUUUAAAAAAGAUAUUCCACCAUUUGUAAUCGAUUUCAGAUAUCCAAGAGGAAUACUUGUAAUAUCAGAUCCUGACUUCGUAUUUGAAUCUUAUACUACAAAGAAUAAGUAUUUCGAUAGAUUCCCAAGAUGCCUAUAACUUAAAUAAGCUCUUAAAAGAAAGCAUUUGUCAUCAGCCUUCUACAAGGACAAAAUGCAACUGCAACUUAAUUCCAUCAUUAGUACUACAUUUGAUAUAGUUCAGGAGACUAUUUAAUAAAUCGAACAAGGCUAGGACUAACUUGAUUUGAACGAGUAUAUAGGGAAACUUGUGCUCAGAGCAGUCUAGAUUUGUAUUUUUGGAGUAAAUGAGAAAUUAGAAACACUUCCGUAUAGAGAAAAUGGUAUAAUUCAACAGUUAACUCUUGGAGUUUUUAUGAAUAGACUUAGUGUUGAUAACAUUAAAAGAGUUGCCAGCAUCUUCAGAAUGAAUUUCGAAUUUCUAGACAACUAUUAUGUUGGAAAAGUUGAAAAAGAGGUUGAAUCAAAUAAUAACACAAUGAGAAGAUUCAUUAUUGAUAUGAUUUCUCAGAGGAAAAAGAAAAAUGAGAAUUUAAGGCCGGAGGAAAUACAUCAUGACUUCCUAAAUUUACUACUUUAAGACGAAAUCUUUAAAGACAAUGACAGUCUAAUUGCAGAUGAAUGCAUUACAUUUAUGUUAGCUUCGACAUAAUCCAUCACUUCUGCCUUGUCUAAUCUGAUAUUUUACGUAACCAGAGACUAGUAAAUAUGUACUAAGGUUAGAAAUGAGAUCAGUGAAAUUAUUGGUAAGAAUAUCAAGAUGAGCAAAAUAACUAAAGAGAUGUGGACUCAAAAGCUCAGUCUUGAUGAAAUUUAACACUAAUGGAGCUAUUUAUACAUGGUUAUUUAAGAAAAUUUAAGAAUAGAGCCUCCAAUUAGAAAGAGUAUUACUCAAACAGUGUCUUAAGAUAUUGAAAUUAGAGGGAAGAAAAUACCCAAAGGAGUCCCCAUUCUCUUUCAUUUCUUAAUAAUUCAGAGAGAUGCAAAUGAGUGGCCCGAUCCUCUAAAAUUCAUUCCUGAGAGAUUUGAUCCCGCUUCAAAGUAUUUUUUGACAGCAGAAGGCAAAAAGAGAAAACCAGCAAGCUUCACUCCUUAUCUUGGUGGAAGAAGAAUAUGCUUAGGCAAAACAUUCGCUGAAAAUAUUAUCAAAUGUGUAGCACCUUUAAUUAUUUCUAGACUUGAUUUUGAGUUAUUAAAAACUGAAUACAGAGAUAGGAAACCACCUAAUGGUACUUUUGCCGAGCCAACAUACCCUAUGAAAAUAAGUAUUUACUAAUGA